CCCGAUGGAGAGAUUUCCGACGUGAGCCCGUCGCUGCUUGACGACUCAGGGUACUACGACUCAGACGGCGGCAUCGGUUCGGAGGGGCUGCUCGACCGCUCAGGGUACUACGACUCCGACGGCGGCAUCGAUUCGGAGGGGCUGCUCGACGCCUCAGGGUACUACGACUCCGACGGC